AUUGACCAACACAACUGUAGAGUGCAUCGCGGUGUUAAUUUCGCAGUUUAAAAGUCUGAUUUGUAAUGAUGAUAUUUAAGUAGCUUGAUAAACGAUUAAUUUUAAGAAUUAAAAAAAAAUGUUACUAUUCAUAUGCAAUUCCAUACAUUGUAAACUACUCAUUUUGUGCCUAAACACAUUAUUUUUGUAUCUUACGGAAUCGAAAGGUUACAAUACAAAAUCAGAAUGUGGGGAUUACUACAAGAUCAACGAAGACACGCCAGGGUACAUCUACAACCCCGGGUAUCCCAAUGCAGCCCUGUCAUACCUCAAGUGCAUCUGGCUGAUAGAAGCACCCAAAUAUUACUACAUUACAUUUAAUGUAACGUUCCAGGGCGAACGAUUCUCUGAUAUUUGUUCAGAUUACAUUGAGAUUCGAGAUGGCUCCAGGUAUUCACCGGUGAUCAAACGUUUCUGUGAUACCCACAUCAACGAGCAUGUGCGAUCCAAAGCACAUCUGCUGUGGGUGAAGCUGGUAACGGACGGCGUCAACAACACAAAUACUAAAUUUGUCGGAUUUUUUCAGGCAAUUGAUACUGGCAUUACGUCGGGUCACGACAACACCUCUUCCAUCCAUACAGAUUGCAGAUCAUACGAAUUCGAAUGUCGGAACAAAGAAUGUCUGAGCAUGUCCUACCGGUGUGAUGGAUACAACGACUGUGGUUGUACUGUGGACUGUGAUGAGAGUGGAUGUGAAGAGCUUGAUUUGACUAAGGACAUGCAGCUUUGUAUUGGAGUUUCAGUUGGUGUACUUGUAUUCUUGUUUGUCUGUGGUAUAACUUGCCUGAUAGAAAACCAAAGUAAUUGGAUUGCUUCAAGGGUUGAAGAGCUCAGACUGAGAGAAAAUCAGGCAGAAGAAAGAAGGAAAAAAGCAUACAAAGCUUUUACCAAGUUCAUUGGAGAGAAGGAAGUGCUUUGAAACUACUUGGUCUAAUUUGAAGAACUUUAAUUCUUUUGUGUAAACUAACCAGCUAAAACUGUGCAUGAAAAUAAUUUAUUUGGUCAAAGUAUGUUUUAGUUUGUUCAACUUUUAAUUUUUAGUUCACGCUUAUUUAUAAAAUAAUUAAAACAUGCUAAUGAAAUCCAAAAGUAUGUAAAUGUAAUAAAGAAAGCUUUUUUG